AUGUCAUCUGAAGCGACGACGACGUCUCCAGAACACGCCGUCUCCUCCACAACAACACCAUCCAAUUCGGCCACGCCCCCUCCACCGAGCAAAGGGGGUGGAGCUCCUGGAGGGGGAGGAGGAGGGGAGCAACAACAAGUUCCAUUCCAAAUGAUACCACCCGGUCACUUCUUCGCGAAUCCCUUCAUGAAUCCAUAUAUGCCGACACCAGUUGCCCAACAAGAAGGAGAUCCGAAUGGCGGUGGGAUUCCUCAGAUCCCGAAUCAGAUGGUGUUCUCCCCGGCACAAUAUCAAGAAGUGAUGCAUCACUACUUUCAACAGAUGAUGGCGGCGAGUGGUGCACAAUUCCCAAUACCAUUCCCAAUGCAGUUUCAACCGGCGUUUCAGCAACCAAGGCCUAGUUCUCAGGCAUCAUCAUCGCAUCGGUCAGAAGACGAUAAUGGGCGGCAGACAGCUGGUAGUGCCGUCUCGACGAAUGUAUCACCGAAUCAUCGAGAGACACAACCAGUGGAAGAGCCGAAGGAAACAACCGAUGGACUUGUGGAUAAUGCUCCUGAAGACCUCCUGGUGCCAACGUCCACAUCAUCAGCAGAAGUCGUUAUUGGAGAUGUGAUCGGCGACUCAUCUGAAAAUUCGCAGGAAUCCACUGGAGAGGAGAAAUCAGAAGAGAAACGGAAACUAUCGGGGGAUCGAACGGAUUCUCUGAUAAGGAAACAAAUGAGUGAAAUGGAGAAAGAGAUUACGAGGAGGUCACAGAAUAAGAAUAUCAAGAAGAUCGACGACGACGGUCUGGCUGAACUAAUCGGAUCGUCUUCAUCUUCCAAACUAACCGCCGACGAUUUCUCGCCGUUCACGGAUAAGAGCGGUCUCUCCUACCAACCACCCGCGGCAACUCCGCCCACUUCUGAAAAGGCGCCGAAAGAAUCGUUGAAUCAACUCCGUUCCUCAUUUAAUCUCCCGGAGGAUUCACCUACAGUAGGCCCCGUUCCAACACAACAAGCUCCGCCCCCUCCUGCUGCUCAAUUCGCGAAUAACUCAAUGUUUAUGGCAAAUGCUGGAAAUUUCGCGCAGAACGCCGCGUUUGUUCAGAUGACACCGCAGGCACCAUUCGGCGCCGCGCAAGGCUUCCAAAUGAUGCAACCACAUCAACAUAAUCUCUUCAUGCAACAACCUAAUCCAACCUUCGUGAACAACGGCACGAAUCCAUUCCUCCAAUCGCAACCUUCUCUACCAAACUUCGUGAAUGGCAGCGGUGGCACCGCUCCUUUGGUACCUACAGUAACCGCUCAACAAUUCACACCGGAACAACUCGCCGCCGCAUUCGCCCAACAACAAAUCGCUCAACAACAACAAUUCCAACAACACGCCGCACCAACUCCAUUCGACGCUCCGCCCCCUUCCACAUCUCCAGCUACAGUAACCCCCGCUGGAUCUGGAUCUGGCACCGGAUUAGCUCCACCACCACCACCAUCUCAUCCGAUACCAAGAAGGGUUAGUGGUGGAAGUGGAUGGCCAGAAGAGAAUAAGGAGAAUGGGACUAGUGGGACACCGAAUGGGACGACACCUGUCGGAGCACCUUCCACGUCUACAGGUCCCGAUGAUCCAGUUUGGGUUUUGAGGGAUUCGUAUUUGAAGAAAAUGCAGAGAGAGCAGAGGACAUCGGCGGAAGAGGAAAUGAGUUGGCAUGAAGCGGCGACAGCUGCUCAGGAAGCGGCAGAAAAUGGAGUUGGCGACGAGCAAGAGGAGCAAGAGACUGAUCGAUUACUGAAUGGAGCAGGAGGGACAUCCGGACAAAAAGGAUCGAUUGGUGGCGAUAGGCGGGGAUCCGUGGAUAAGAAAAAGAAUAGUAAAGAAACAAUGGUACAUGAACCUGCAGUAUUGAUCGAAGGAGUUCUCUUCCGUGCGAGAUAUCUCGGCUCAACACAGAUGUUGUGUGAGAGUAGAGGGAGCAAAGCUGCUCGGAUGGCACAGGCGCAGGAAGCGGUGGCGAGAGUCAAGGCACCCGAUGGAGAUGUUCAACCGUCGACCGAGAUUGAUUUAUUCAUUUCGACUGAGAAGAUUAUGGUGUUGAAUACUGAUCUACAGAGAAUAUCGGACACCGACGUUCGCCAGGACAUUCUAAUGGAUCACGCUCUCCGAACGAUCAGCUAUAUUGCAGAUAUCGGAGAUCUAGUGGUUCUAAUGGCCCGUCGAAUGUCGACGAGUCAUUCAGAUGAGAGUUGUUCGGAUGGUGACAGUCAAAGUGGUGGCGUCAGGAAGACACCGAAAGUGAUAUGUCACGUGUUUGAGUCGGAUGAGGCGUCGUUUAUUGCUCAAUCCAUCGGACAGGCAUUCCAAGUGGCUUACGUCGAGUUUUUGAGGGCUAAUGGCAUUGAUGAUCCGUCGUAUUUGAGACAGAUUGAUUAUCAGGAAGUGCUAAACUCGCAAGAACUGCUUGGCGACGAAUUGGAGAUGUUUGCCAAAAAAGAGACUCAAAAGGAGGUUGUCGUCCCUAAGAAACCCGGAGAGCCCCUCGGCAUCGUCGUCGUGGAAUCCGGUUGGGGCUCAAUGUUGCCUACCGUAGUCCUCGCCCACAUGAAUCCGAUCGGACCGGCCGCUCAUUCGAAUAAACUAAAUAUCGGAGAUCAAAUCAUCAAUAUCAAUGGAAUCUCUCUGGUCGGGCUGCCCCUAUCGGCUGCUCAGACACAAAUCAAAAAUAUGAAGACAGCGACAGCGGUGAGGAUGACAGUAGUCUCCACACCGCCCGUUGUCGAGGUUCGCAUCAGGAGACCCGAUACGAAGUAUCAAUUGGGAUUCUCCGUGCAGAAUGGUGUCAUCUGUUCGUUGUUGAGAGGAGGAAUCGCGGAACGAGGUGGAAUCCGUGUGGGUCAUCGAAUCAUCGAAAUCAACGGGACGUCGGUGGUCGCUGUGGCACAUGACAGAAUCGUGAACAUGUUGGCCACCGCCGUCGGCGAGAUCCAUAUGAAAACAAUGCCGACAUCGAUGUUCCGUUUGUUAACGGGUCAAGAGCAGCCACAGUAUAUUUAA